AUGACAGGAACAGUCAUAAUAACAGGCGCAAACGGUUCCUGCGCCAUCCCCUUCGUCUCCCAUGUCCUCACAACCUACCCGACCUACACCGUUCUCGCCACCGUUCGCAAAGCAUCCUCCUCUGACCCCAACACCGCAACCCUCUCGCAAGCAAUCUCCUGCAACCCCUCCCAUGCUCACAUCGAAGCCCUCGACCUCAGCUCCCUCUCUAACGUCCGCUCGUUCGCAGAGAAUGUAGCUAAACGCGUUUCCUCGGGGGAAAUACCACCUAUCAAAGCUAUCGUGUGCAACGCCUUCACAAUGUCUUUAAAGGGCCAGGUCUUUACUUCUGAUGGCUUGGAGCAGACGUUCCAAGUCAACCACCUAGCACAUUAUCUUCUUGUCCUCAAACUCAUUGGGUCUAUGGCUUCGGAUGGAAGAGUUGUUAUGCUGAGCUCUGAUACGCACUACACUGAUAGGCCGCACCCCUUGUUUAGUAUCAGGACUGGUAUUCCUGAUGAUGUUGAACUACUUGCCAAGCCCGGACCGGAUACGCCAGGCCAGGAGUAUAACCAUGGAUUCCAUCGAUAUGGAGUUUCGAAAUUGGCAAAUGUCAUGUUUAUGCACGAUCUAAACGCGAAGCUUCAAGGAGACCCAGAACUAUCUGGUAUAACAGCUUUAGCGAUGGACCCACGGGGCAUGGUCGAUUCACGCGCAAACAGGAUCCAAACGCCAUUAAUGCGAAUUGUCUUCGGCAUCAUCGCCUUCAUGCUCCCUGUCCUGAAGUAUUUCACGGAUUUCGUGCGGUCAGCAGCGCUGUCAGGUCGGGAACUCGCCGAGCUGGCUGUUGACGAUAAGUAUAAAGGAACAAGGGGAUACUUCAUAGGAUUGAGGCCGAAUGAAGAGGAUGUGAUGUGUAAAGAUGACGAGAAAAGAAAUGCUUUGUGGAACGCUUGUUGGGAGUGGUCUGGGUUGACAAAGGAAGAGACUGUUUUGAAGGUAUAA